UUGAGCUGCUUUUUGCUGCUGUCCCCCUCUCAGAUCGUCCAGGUAAUACCGGAGUGAGCGACAAGAAUGGAUGUCUUUAAGAAAGGUUUCUCCAUUGCUAAAGAAGGUGUGGUGGCUGCUGCAGAAAAGACCAAGCAGGGAGUGACGGAGGCUGCAGAGAAGACUAAAGAGGGGGUGAUGUACGUAGGUACCAAAACCAAGGAAGGCGUAGUGCAAAGUGUGACCUCAGUUGCUGAGAAGACCAAAGAGCAGGCCAAUGUGGUGGGAGAAGCUGUAGUAGCCAGCGUGAACACAGUGGCAAACAAGACUGUAGAAGGAGCAGAGACCAUCGUGGCUACCACAGGAGUUAUAAAAAAGGUAUGUUUGGCCGUUCAGCCACCGGAGCAGCCGGCGGGAGAGGGGGCCCCGGCAGCAGGCACAGGCGGCGGCGGAGAGGAUGAAAAUGAUGGCAAUUAAUCAACUUAGGGACUUCUAGCUCACAAGAGAGCAUUCCAAGAGCAUACAUGGAAAUAUUAGCUGAC